CAUACAUACCUAGAUCUCACAGCCACCUGUGUUUCAACCCGCGUUCAGUUGCGGCAGGUCCAAUGGCCCUGGUCCUCUACAAACGUCCAUGACUGACCGUCUGGCAGCCUAUCGUUCGCAGCACCCCGAGCCAGCCCAUGAGCUCACCAAUUUGCCUGCGAACGGCUCCGGUUCUGGCACCGCGGCUUCAAGCAGAGCGGAUUUCUUGAGUGAGAUAUCCUCACUGCAAGAUGCGAUAAACAGCUUGACGAACAAUAUACGCUACAUUUCGACGCUUCACACGCGCUCGUUGAACUCUGCGUCAGAGGAUGAGACUAUCACCAGGGAGCUGGGCAUUAUCAAGGAAGAGACGAGGAAACUUCAGAAUGAUAUACGGGAUAGGAUAACGUAUCUGGCUAACCAGCCUGGGGAUGACAUGAGGGUUAACCAGACGAAACUCAUACGGAAAAGGUUCAUGGAUGUCCUCCAAGACUACCGACGCGCCGAGCAAGACUUUACCAAUAGGUCGAAGCAGCGUGUCGGACGUCAGUUCAGAAUUGUAAAACCCGAUGCGACAGACGAUGAAGUCAAGCAAGUCAUCGAUGCCAGCGCGGCCGGGACGCAAAUAUUCUCGGAAGCCGUUCUCUCCUCAUCGUAUGGUGAGGCACGCUCGGCCUAUCGCGAAGUACAGUCCCGUCACCAGGAUCUCGUCCAAAUGGAAAGGACUAUGGCUGAAUUGGCGCAGCUUUUCAAUGAUAUGCAAGCAAUCGUCGAACAACAUGAUGAUCAAAUCAAAGAGAUUGAGCACACGGCGCAGGAAGUGAACGUUAACACUGAGAGGGGGCUGAACCUUACGGAAGACGCUGUACGGAUUGCGCGCAGCAUCCGCAAGAAGAAGUGGAUGUGCUUCUGGAUCUGCGUUUGCAUCAUCGCUAUCCUCGCUCUCAUUCUCGGCCUAUACUUUGGUUUGAGGUGAAGAUUCGUUGUCAAGAACAUUGUAUUUGUUCCCUUGGCUAAGUUCCUAUCUGUAUCUAUAUAUGCCAUAACACUUAUAAUACUAGUAACACGUCUUUUUCAUUCCGGGCCCGUUGCAUGUGAUUGAUUUUAAUUUCGACGUCGAUACCUCCGC